AUGCAUGAUUCGCUCAAAUCCCUCCACCGCUUCAAUAGACACAUUCUUGCCACUCCAGACGCGGUCCCGAAGUCGAAUACUUGCCAUUAUUGGUUUGUGACCGCCACAUCUCUGGUAAUGAUUGAACAUCGACGGCCGACCGAUUCUCACCACCAACAUCGCCGACCAUCACCCAUGCCAUCACUGGUGCCGGAGGGGUUUGCCACUGCUGGCAAGUAGAUGAAAAAUGGAAAAUCCCUAAUUUCUACAUUUUCUUUUGGUUCGAUUCGUUCUACACACUUCAAUGUUUCCCAAAAUCAAGGUUCUGCUUCUAGAGUUCAUCGAUUGUUACUCUGUCACCAGCUUCAUGAGUGAAACGCGGAUCCCAGUUUCUAUGAUUCCUUUCUAUUUGUUUCUAAUUUUGAUUGCGUUGGUUUUGUUUUCCAGGUUUUGAUUGCAGCUAUCGAUGAUACAAAUUGCAAAUACCAGUGGGAAAUCCUCGCCAAGAUUUUGAUUAAACCUGUUCACGAUAAAAAAGCUUCUUCACUUUAGACAUACAAAUCGUUUAUCUACUUUGCUACUUUCCAAAGAUGUUGGCACUUUGUUUUUGGUUUACACCAACAUAUAGGGAUUGGAAGAGAUCAAGAGGGAGGCAAGAAGAAGCGAGACGGUGUCGCUAUAGUCCAAUUUCCACGAAAUUCCAUCAUUUCCCAAAUAGACACCCAAAUUUAAUAUAAAGAAUGAUUGGAAUCCAUUUUGGCAAAUUGUCUACUUUACUGUCAUUAAGGGUUUUAUAUGAAGGAGCUGUUAUGGAUUUGAAGAGAUCGAUUGCAGAUUUCGCCAUACGCUAUGCUUACAUGGAAUCUCAAAUUAGAUUGUAAGCUGGACACAAUACAACUGUUGCACAGCAUCAGUGAAGCCUAUGUAAAAUGAGGUGGUUCGGUUUGAUGAGGGUUGCAAAGGAAAAGCCAGGAAGCAUUUACCUGGCUGAAUUAGUGAAGGUAUUACUAAUGAAGGUAUCAUUUGAUUCUAUUAUGGAACUACCUCCCCUGCAUCCUAUCCACUCAAAUCUAUGUUCACAUUUUUCUGUUCUUCGCUAAGAAAAUGUCUUUCAUUCACACUAUAUAUGUGUUUUGAUUAUGGGUAAAAGGAAGGUGUUCCAAGUUCAGGUUUUGGUUUGUAUUUUUUUUUGUGAAGGAUGUGGGUUUGAGUUACAAUAUUUGGUUAAAAAAAAUAAAACGAAGGACUUGAUUGCUUCCC